AUGCUCGAUCUCAUCAAUGUCAGCUACGACACGCAAAUCCCGAACAAUGUCGGGCUCAGUUCGGACAAGCGCGUGCUCAAGGCGUUGGAAAAAUGGCAUCCGGGAUACAUCAACUGGUGGAACGACCUGAUCCCGGACAAUUUCCAGCAGUCGCUCGUUUAUCUGCGCACCGCCGUCUCCGUCGAUCCGAAGGGCUGGGCCAAGUUCGACUAUGUGAAGAUGCCCGAAUAUCGCUGGGGCGUGCUGCUGGCGCCGCAGGUCGAGGACCGGACCAUCCCGUGCGGCGAGCAUGCCGGCGAGGCGGCCUGGCAGGAGGUGCCGGGCGAAUAUCGCGCCAUGCUGCGCCGGCUGAUCGUCAUCCAGGGCGACACCGAGCCGGCAUCGGUCGAACAGCAACGGUUCCUCGGCAAGACCGCGCCGUCGCUCUACGACUUGCGCAACCUGUUCCAGGUCAAUGUUGAAGAGGGGCGCCACCUGUGGGCGAUGGUCUAUCUGCUGCACAAAUAUUUCGGCCGCGACGGCCGCGAGGAGGCCGACGAUCUGCUGCGCCGCUCGUCGGGCUCGGAGGAAGCGCCGCGCAUGCUGGGCGCCUUCAACGAGGAAACGCCGGACUGGCUGUCCUUCUUCAUGUUCACCUAUUUCACCGACCGCGACGGCAAGAUGCAGCUUGAAUCGCUCGCCCAGUCCGGCUUCGAUCCGCUGUCGCGCACCUGCCGCUUCAUGCUGACCGAGGAAGCGCACCACAUGUUCGUCGGCGAGACCGGCGUUGGCCGCACGAUCCAGGCCACAUGCGAAGCGAUGGUGAAGGCCGGCAUCGAGGAUCCUUACGACACCGACGCGAUCCGCGCGCUUGGCGUCAUCGACCUGCCGACGAUCCAGAAGAAGCUCAACCUGCACUACACGCUGUCGCUGGACCUGUUCGGCCAGGAGGUUUCGACCAAUGCGGCCAACGCGUUCAAUGCCGGCAUCAAGGGCCGCUACAUGGAGAGCCGGAUCGAUGACGAUCACAAGCUGCAUGGCGACACCUACGAGGUCUGGGACUUCGAGGACGGCAAGCUGGUGCGCAAGGAGGUGCCGGCUCUGACGGCGAUCAACAUGCGCCUGCGCGAUGAUUAUACGCGCGACGCAUCGGGCGGUGUCGGCCGCUGGAACAAGAUCAUCGAGAAGACCGGCAUCGAUUUCCAGAUGAAGCUGCCGCAUGAAUCCUUCAACCGGAAGAUCGGCGUCUUCGCCGACAAGCUGUUCGACCCGGACGGCAAGCUUCUGACCGGCGCCGAGUAUGAUGCGGGCAUGCCCGACUGGCUGCCGACCCAUGCCGAUGGGGAUUUCAUCCAGUCCCUGAUGGUGCCGGUCUACGAGCCCGGCCAGUAUGCAAGCUGGAUCGCGCCGCCCAAGGUCGGCAUCGACAACAAGCCGGGCGACUUUGAAUAUGUGAAGCUGCACAUGGCCUGA